AUGGGCCGAACAUGCUGGUCAAAGACUGGUUCGAUCAGUACGCGCCUCAUCAGCACGCAGUCUUCCGAUCGGACGGUUUCAACAGCCAAAGAGCCAGAGCUCCUCAACUCAAGCAGCAGAAAGCUGGGUAAAGUCAGCACAGCAAAUCAAGCGAAGUGUUCUGACAAUUCCAGGCACCUUACAGAUGAGUUCUGCAACAUCAUACAGCAAUAUGAAAGCGUCCUCUUUACCCAAGCUCGAAGUGCGAAAAUCAACAUCCGAGGCGCGCAUUCCUGGGACGAGGUGAUUCGAGCUGCCAAAGAUACUGAGGCGGCGUAUAUCGAAGAAGCAAAGAAAGGGGCCAAAGGAGCAGUGCGAGGAUACCUACGCCAAUUUGGUGACUACUCGGCGACAGCAACUCCAUGGAUUGGGCUCUUACCAAACGACAAGUACUUCAGCGUCCUUUGCGGAGGCCUGAAAAUCGUACUGGGUGUAGGUGCCGUGUGGUUCGAGAUCACCGCCAGGAGAAGCGAAAGACGCAUUGAGAUCUUCGAAGCCUUCGAAACACUACCAGCGGUCAUCGAAAAGACACAGCGCUGUCACGAGAUCUUCCCCGACAGUCUCGAGCUACGCGACAGGGCCUUGACUGUUUACCUUGACAUACUAAUGAUGAUUGAAGCAAUGAUCGCCUGCCUCAUGGACAAGAAGUUGCUAACCCGGAUCAAGGACGGACUGAAAGGACCUCUUGCUGAUCAGGACUUGGACGAGAAGAAAAGACGAUUCCACAUGUCGAUGGAAGCUCUAGAAGAGCAAGUCAAUCAUCUGCAUCUCUCUUCGUCAGCUAAGACUAAUGCAUCCAUUGCAAACAUGGGUCCAAGCGUACACAGAACCGAGAAUGUUGUCUUAUCCAUCGACAAUACAACCAAAGUCCUGCACAGCUCUGCGAGAACUGUCGUGGCAGGUAUUGACGGGCUUCGAUCCGACGUAACUUCGCAUGAGCAGGCGACACAAAUGCUAAAGAAGGAGAUUGAGAUGCAAAGACAAGCAAUUGAGUUGCAGAGCCAAGCUCACAACAGUCUCUCUUCGUUGUUGCAGGACGUAAUCAAGAACGCUGAAUGGUACACAGCUCGGGUCCAGAGAGCAUACGACGCAAUUGACCGCAACGUUGACCUUAGAGGUCUUCAGCUCCAGUUGGGAUCUCACCUUGGUCAUACUCUGGAAGAUGUGGGCCAAGACUUGGACCUCGUAACUCGAAAUGCACAAUCUUGCGAUGCGCAAAGCCAGGGCGCAAUGCACUGGGUACUGCAAUCACCUCGUUUGAAGCGCUGGAUUCAAAGCCCAUACUCAGAUGUUCUAGCUGUGGACGGCAACCUGGAGGACGGUAUGGCUCGUUACUCAUCCACGAGUUUGCUCUGCGGAAUGCUCAUCCAGUCUCUUCGAGAGCAAAAAGGCGUACACGUGCUCCACUUCUUCUGUGGAACUCACAGUUCAAGAUUUGAUCCCUUGUCAGGACCAAGAGGCUUGCUUCAGAGCUUGAUAGCCCAGCUGUUGUCUAUACAACAAUUCGAUGUCGGCUUUCUGCGAUUCGGACAGUGGGAAGGAGGUCUUAGAGCGAACAGCAUAAACACACUUUGCCGCCUAUUCAAAAGACUUGUUGAACAGCUGCCCAACUCGGUUGUGUUCUGUAUUAUCGACGGAAUAUCAAUUUUCGAGGUCGAAACUUGGCUCGAUGAGCUUCACCUAGUUGUAAGGACUCUACUCGAGACGGUCGCUGACGAGCAACUCAUUGCGCGACUCAAGUUCCUGGGUACUGCAGCGUCUAGGAGCAGAUGCUUGAACAGCCUGCUGAGCGAGAGAGACAGACUUUCAGUGCCAACAAAUGGCGGAGAUCAGCGGCUUCUCACCAGUAGAUCAGCAUAUUCUGAGCUUGUUGAUGGCAGGCGGUCGCCGAUGUUCGGUGCUGGUGGUCAUUCGUCAUAUGAGGAUAUGUACGAUAAGGGAUUCGAUUGA